UUUAUCUAACCGACAAGUACUGCAUUAGAUUAUCUGCAGAUUUUAGUCUGGAAUUCUUGGAGUAUCAUAUCUGGUCGCAGUGAGAUCAUUGCAACCGAACCGUUCUUUGUUGAUGCUGAUGUAUGCGUUCCUUCUAUCGCGGCUUCCAAUCAUAUUGAGUGACAUCACAGCCAUCGCCGAUACAACAAUACCUCGCACAAACGCUAUCUUACAUCCCUCACACUGUAAGCCGAUGAUUGCCUCUGCGUUUCGCAUCUCUUACCAACAACAUACCCGGCACGUCGCAAGCAUCGUCCGCGAGGCGGGACAAAACUCCGCAACUCGUCGAUGUGAUCGCCAUGCCGUAUAUUACCACCGGCUGUGGCUGCAGCUAUAGCAGAACGCCUAUCGCAACGUGGCUCAUGUAUUCGAUGCGAAGGAGCAUGUCAUGAAUGCAACUGUACAUACAAAUCGACGUCACUGGUAGCACUUCCAGCUCACCGUCGGAAUCUGCCAUGUGUAGGCAGUACCAAAGCAAAUCACACG